AUUGCUCUGUGUGAUAAAUGUUUGUUUUCAUGGCGGAGAGCAGAAAAGUUCUAGGAUACCAAUGUUGUACCCUCGCGUCUUGAGGAGACGCUGGGUUCUGGCUGUAAUAUUUGUAUGCUCGUUGCUUUAUUUUCUAUCAGCGACUCUUUCCAAGUCUUCAGACUACAUUUUAACGGAGUACGAAUCAAAACGAACACUUCGACAGCCGUUUCAGUGGCAACCACCAGAAGACUCCAAUGACACGGAAACUGUGAAAUGUCGAAACUCACGUCAAGGGCGGUUUCUGAUUGUUGAUCAAAAAGGCUAUGUGUGCAAAAGGGAGGCUGUCGGCAUAAACAACUGCUGCAAUCCCAAGCAUCUGUCUUCAAAGCUACAUGCAUGUGACACUUGUUUGUCGAAUGGUUGCUGCUCUGUCUAUGAACACUGUGUGUCUUGUUGCCUUCAGCCAAGAAAUCAACCACUGCUGAGUAAGAUUCUCAAUAAAAACUUGGAGGCUCCGUACAACUUGUUCGUUACAGAGGUUGAGAAUCCGUUUGAUUUGUGUCUGGCUAAGUGCAGAACCUCAUCACAGAGUGUGCAACAUGAGAACUCGUAUCGUGACGCACACAUAAAGUAUUGCUACGGAGAAAGUGCACCAGAUCUGCAGAUAAUUGUUAGCUAGUGUUGACCGGAGUUUUGGAGAAUAGCUAACAAAGAAGUGUUUUAGUGACUGAUGAUAGUGUGAUGUAGCACCCAGGAGUUUUUGUGACAUUUUUUAAUCAUGACUGGAACCUGGUGAGCUGAUCAAGUGUCAUGGGCUGAGGAACAUUCAAGGCCCUACAAGCGAAUCUGUGAUAUUUCCAUUGCUCUUGUAAAUAUUUCAUCACCUGUUUUAUCUAGAGAAAUCCUUAAUUGUUUUUUGGGUUUUUUUUGGUGUUUCGUUGAGUGUGCUAUUUGCUGUGUCAAAGUCCUGUAUCUUUCUCUAGACUGGCAUUGUCUCAGCUUUUCUUUUUCAUUGUGUUUAUUUUCUUGAGAUACUUGAAAAAAAACUGUUAAACGUUGAUAAUUUCUACUUAAAAA